AUGUCCAUAACUCCCUCUCUCAGAGCUGCUGCCCGCUCUGCCUACCGAGACCUAUGGCGGGCUGCUCGCACAACUUUCUCUGGCGAUGAACCAGUGUUUCAAGCGUUUCGGGAUAAGAUGAGGACAGACGCGUUGCGUCUCAACCAAGUGGCUAGUCCUGAGGCCUACAGUUCGGGAAUAGCCACGACGAAAGAGAUUGCUUCCGUCCUUAGGAAGAACGUAGUCCAAGCGUCCCUUGCCUCUGAACCGGAUCCGGAAGGGCAGUCCUUGUGGAAACUGCGAAUGACACGCGACACAGAGUUGGGCUCAAACGACUCAAUCAAAAACCCUGACCCAAUGCCAUCUAGUCGUAGCAGCCGCAGGCAGAAAUAUAAACCACCUGUUAAUGACAUACGUUUCUAUUCUGCACUUAAAAGAGCACACAAAGACCGUGUUGUCCCCGACCUGAGAGAAGAGGACCUUGAAGAAUCAUUUGUCCGCGGCAGUGGUCCCGGAGGGCAGGCGAUCAACAAGACCAUGAGUAACGUCCAAUUGCUGCACAAGCCGACGGGAAUCCGUGUCAAUUGUCAAGAGACACGGUCUUUAGAACUCAACAGACGUUUUGCCCGUCGUAUUCUUGUGGAGAAGCUGGAUCGGAUUCAGAAUCCUGGACUGUCUAAAGGCGAAUUGCAGAGAGCAAAACAACGCGAAAGAGAACGACGAAGACGCAAGAAGGCAAAGAAAAAGGCACAGGGGAAGGAGAAACUUGCUGAACCUUGA